GUCAUUGCUGUGUUUAGUCUUCUGAAGACAGCCCAACAGCGUAAUUGUGCAAAGUUUUGUGAACUACAUUUACAAGCAUUACUAUAUUAAAUAUUAAGCAAAUAGUAAUUAAUUUUUUAACACUUCAAAGUCAACAUUGUCACAAAAGAUUUAAACAUGUCUUACCGUCCACUCUUUAACAAAUUGAUGUCCAAAGCCAUGCUGCGCCAGUUGAUAGUGCGACCGAACCCGAUGGUAAUGCGCACACAGUUACAACACAGCCUCAAACCCAGAACCCCUCUGAAUAAACCAUCGAUGUUCAGUCCGACGAUUAUUAAGCGUUACUGGGAGUUAUCACCACUUUUUAUCAUAGUUGGUGGAGCAGUUUUGGGUCUAUUUUAUGCGAUUGUGCGAAAUGGUCUGUCACGUGAUGAUGUGCGUUUCUAUUCGAGUGGUAAAAUGAAUUGCGAGGACGUGGAAAAGUCCGGACCAAGAAAGUUUCUGGUAUAUAAUCAAAAAUACAAAGUACCCGAAGGUUUAAGGGAAGCACUUGCCGCCAUUGAGGAGCCUGCGGAAGACGUGGCAAAGAAGUCAAACUAAAAAUUGUCGACGGCUUUUUAUAAUAGAAGAGUACUGGAAUAUUGUACAAUACAAAAAUUAUAAAAACUAAUUAAUGUUAAGCGUUUACAAUUGCAAGCGGACUGUUUGAGUUAUAGUUUUGGCGAACAGUGAAAUUGAGUCUUAUGAAAGAAAUUAUCCAAAUUUUGUAUUGGUUUUGUCUCAGCAAAAUGUUAUGCAGAACACGAACGUUUUAGUAUAUAUUGUAAAAGUAUUUAUGCAAAUUUUUAAUAUAUGUACAAGUAUGUAAUUUUUUCUAUUUAUUAAGCCUAUAUUAGUUUGAUUGUAUGCCUAUGCACCUAUUUAUCUAUGUGGUAAAUAAAGAAAAGAGUUUUACGUAUGUGUACUUU